UUCAGUAAGACGCAUUCAGUCGAUGUUGAUAUUGGAGAAACGUGAGAUUCCUGUUUUACGCAGGGCUUUACUGGCGGUUCCUCCUCCUCCCACAACUUUCUCUCGAAAGUGGUUCUCAGAUGCACUCUUCAGUGUUGUGAUUUACUUUGACUCUCAGAAAAUUAAGAAAAUCAAGAUGUCAGAAUACGAAAUGAUCAGGAGUCCCUCAACUGACAAGGGAAUUGUGAUUAAAGAUGAGUGGCCAGGAUAUGACCUGGACCUCUUCACAUAUCCUGAACAUUACCACGGUGAUUUGGAGAACAUCUACAUCCCCCACGGCGUUAUUAUGGACAGGACUGAGUGCCUGGCCAGACUAGUGGUGGACGACACAGAUGACAACUACAUGGUGGCACUGUGUGUCCUGAAGGGAGGGUACAAGUUCUGCUCUGACCUGGUGGAGUGCAUCAAAUCAGUGAGCUGCAACACCCCCAAACACAUGACCGUCAGAGUGGAGUUCAUCCGCCUCAAAAGCUACCUGAAUGACCAGUCAUCUGAGGACAUCCAAAUCAUCGGGCCGGAGGAUCUCUCUGUCAUAACAGGAAAGAACGUCCUGAUCGUGGAGGGCAUUGUUGACACAGGAAAGACAAUGAAGGCUCUGCUAAAGCAUGUGCAAACCUUCCAGCCCAAGAAGGUCAAGGUCGCAGGUUUGCUGGUCAAGAGGGUUCCUAAUGUUGUUGCGAAGCUGCCAGACUACGUUGGCUUCGUCAUCCCGAACCGUUUUGUGGUGGGCUACGCCCUGGACUACAACGAAUAUUUCCGCGACCUGAACCAUAUAUGUGUGAUCAGCGAUGAGGGGAAGAUGAAGUAUAAAGUCUGAGGAGGAGAGGAGGAGGAGGAGGAGGAGGAGGAGGACGCGGCGGGAUGGGACGGGACACACCGAGGAGGAGGCUGGAGAAGCGUGUCUAAUGAGAGUGUUUUGUGUGUGUCCGUGUGUCAUGAGUGUACUGUAAAACAUUGCUAGCCAGAUAAACGUAAAAAGAUAAGUUUCCCUCCUGGCUUACGUUUGUUAGUUAAUUGAACUUGAGGCUUAACUCAAUUCGAGGCUUUCUCAAGCUGAGUUGACUUACAAACUUAAGGCAGCAGGGCAACUUAAUUUUUGUUUACGUUUAACUGGCUGCCAAGUUUUACAGUGUGUAUGGGUUGUGUGAAUGGAGGGGCUGCAAAGCUGUAGACAUCUCCCCAACACUGUAAACCUUCAACAGGAGCACCAGCAGACACACAGUACAAAUUACAGUGUUGAUUCAACUCUAAGUGAAGGCGAACAGGGCCGGAUUAAUGCACAGGUUAGAUAUGGCUGCCGCCUAGGGGCCUCACAUGCCACGGAGCAACCCGAUUGGACAAAGUUGGGGAUAAAGUCAG